UUUAUUUCAAAAAAUUUUCCAUUUUCUACUUGAUCUAUCCUAAAAUAAAAAUCACGAAAAUGUUUUUAUACCUUUUUAGGAAAGUUAAUUAGCUAUGUAGUAUUAUAAUAGUAAAUUUAUUUAUUAAAACACAUGUGGAUAAUCCUUGUUGAAUAACUAAUAAUAUCGAGACCUUUCUUUUCAUGUGGUGAACAUGACAUUGAACUGUCAAUCAUAUGAGCGGGCGGGAAAACAUAACAAGUACAAGUAAAAUUAGAAUAGAUUUUCUUUAUUGCGAAAGGUACUAAAAAAUCUCGUGUCAUCAAAACAUAAUUUUUGUAGGUCAAAUGAAUUAAUACGUGUGUCUUAAAUUUUUGUAUACGUCUUACACUAAUUCAUAAAUAUGAAUACUCGCUCAUCUGCAAGAUUAUGUUCAAAAAAUAGAGGACAGUCAUUUAGAGAUCUUCAAAAAUUUUCAAAAUAUUCCAGUGAUUCCAGUUCUGACGAUGAUAGUGAUCUAUAUUAUGAAUCCAUAUCAACUCCAAGAAAAACCAAAUCAAAAGCAAAGUAUGAAGAUAGUGGAACACCUCCAAAGCAAAAGAAAAUAGAAGCCAGAACUCCAAAUAAUAAAUCUACUGUUAGGUCCACUACGAAUACUCCUUCACUUCAAAGGUUAGCUAUUACAAGCCCAAAGAAACCAAAGUCAACAAGAAAAACCCUUUUUAAAGAAAAUGACACUACAAAGAAAACUACAGAAAAUAAGAAAAUAGAACGUAUUUUAACUAACUCGGAUUCUGAAUGCACUAGUGAUGAUGAAGAAUCUUCAACAGACAUACCAAAGAAUAGAAAUGCAUAUCAGUCUGCUAGACAGGCACUGCAUGGGACAGCUCCUACUGAAAUGCCAGGUAGAGAAAAGGAGUUAAAGGAUCUUAGGGAAUUUAUUGACAGGCACAUCAAGGAUCAAAUUUCAGGUUCGCUGUAUGUAAGUGGACCUCCAGGAACUGGGAAAACAGCAUCUCUAAAUAUUAUUCUAAAAGAGAAAAAAUUGAUGUCUGGUGUAAGCCAUGUAUAUGUCAACUGUACUGCAAUUAAAUCCCCUACAGCUAUUUAUUCAAGAAUUUGCAAAGAAUUAAAUAUCAAAGUGGAUGGUAAAAGCGAAAAAGAGCAUCUGCUUCAAAUUGUUAAAUAUUUGAAGAAAAAACACAAAACAAUUUUAUUAGUACUGGACGAAAUUGACCAAUUGGAAAGCAAAAAUCAGUCAAUCCUGUACACAAUUUUCGAAUGGCCCUCGAAACCAAAUGCUCAUAUUCUGUUAAUAGGAAUAGCAAAUGCUCUCGAUUUAACUGAUAGAAUACUGCCUAGACUACAAGCACGCUGUGAACUUAAACCUACUCUAAUGCAUUUUGCUCCAUAUACCAAACCUCAAAUUAUAGAAAUUUUUACCUCACGACUUAGAGCAGCUAACGUGUUAGACAUUUUCUCACCGGCAGCAGUGCAGAUGUUGGCCGGUAAGGUAGCAGCAGUAUCUGGAGAUAUCAGAAGGGCGUUGGAUAUAGGAAGAAGAGUUGUAGAAUUAGCAGAACGAAGCAAGAAAACUGGAGCUUUGAAAUCAGUGGAAAAUCUUGCGAAUCAAUUGGUUGAUGAAGAAACUAAGACUGUAGACCUGAAACAAGUAUUAACUGUUUUGAAUAGCGUAUAUGGCACCUCCCAGAAUCUGGACGACAACACUGAAGACUCUUUUCCACUUCAACAAAAAAUUAUUAUCUGCUCGUUAUUACUAAUGCUAAAAAAGAACAAAAGUAAAGAUGUUACGAUAGGAAAGUUACAUGAGGUUUAUUGUAGAGUUUGUAAAAAGCGAAAAAUUGGUUCUGUGGAUCAAACUGAAUUAGUUGGAUUGUGUGCGUUAAUAGAAUCCAAGGGUAUAAUAACUGUGAGUGGGAAAAAGGAACCGAGGCUAAAUAAAGUUAGUAUGGUAUGGGAUCAAGACGAAGUCACCAAUGCUUUAAAAGAUAAACAGUUAAUUUCGGAUAUUCUAAAAGACGAAUCUUGUUUGGGGAAAUUUUAAAUUAUUAUAUAAAUGUACUGGGUUCUAAGACUGGAGGUCAUUGUACAAUUGUUUGAAUAUGAACAUUAACAGGGGAUUUGCGAUCCACACCAAUAACACAUUAAUAUAGAUUAUUUCCUAUGAAGUCGGUUACAGCUUUCUGAGACACAGAACUUUAGUCAAAAUACUGCUCUCACUACCUACAAAGUUCCUUGGGUCUUCUCUAAUAAAUCUUUUUCUUCUUCAGCCUGUUUACAUCCACUCCUGGACAAAGGCCUUCCCAUGAGUCCUCCUCUCUUCUGUUUUGUGUUAUUAAGUGCCAGUUUCUCCCCACUUGUGCUUUGAUGCCCUAAUAACACCAAACAUUCCAUGUAUGUUCCUUGAAUGUACACACAGGAUAUUGAAAACAUUUCUGGAAUGUCCUCAAAAGCACAAGAAUGUACCCUAAAUGUCCUAGGAAAGUCCUCUGUCCUCUGUAAACAUUCCUUGAAUGUCUUGUUGGAACAUUCCAUGAAUGUCUACGAAUGUUCUUUGGACAUUCACAGUAUGUAUAUUUUAUAUACAUUCCCUGGAUAUAGUCGCUGAUGUGACACAAUACCUCCGAUUUGUUUUUUCAUGAGUUUUGUAAGAGAGACUAAAAACUUUUUUUACAGUCACCUCCUGUUUUCUUGAUAUAGGUCUGGAUCCCGCGUGUGAAAAAAAAGUUGAUUAAUAGCAAGCUGAAAAUUUGUUAAUAGCUUAAGGGUGUCUAGUCGAAUAAACUUUGAUAUGUGUGAACACUGGAACAGGGGUAGUUUUAAUUGUGGAACAGGUUAAAAAUUUGGAAUGGUCACAGCACGAAAACGGCACAUUUAUUUUGUCCGACAGAACAGACUUAAACUCUCCGAACAGAGAUUAAACUCUCAUGAAAAAAUCAGACUGCUAUUUAUUACCUGUCAUAAUUCCUGUCAUUUGACAUAUUCUACAUGUUCCACUCAUUAAAACGCCCAUUUGGUGAUAAAUAGCAGUCUGAUUUUUGCAUGAGAGUUUAAUCUCUGUUCGAAGAGUUUAAGUCUGUUCUGUCGGACAAAAUAAAUGUGCCGUUUUCGUGCUGUGACCAUUCCAAAUUUUUAACCUAUUCCACAAUUAAAACUACCCCUGUUCCAGUGUUCACACAUAUCAAAGUUUAUUCGACUAGACACCCUUAAGCUAUUAACAAAUUUUCAGCUUGCUAUUAAUCAACUUUUUUUUUAUACGCGGGAUCCAGACCUAAUAUUUUUUGAUAUGUUUUGUAGUAAAUUCAACUAUCUAUUUACUACAAAACAUGUCAAAAUUUACAUGUGAAAACAGGAGAUGACCCUAAAAAUGGUUUUUCGUCUUCUACAAAAUUCAUGAAAAAGCAGAUAGGAGGUAUUGUCACAUCACCGACGAUAUACCAGAAGUAUAUGUGGCCAUAUCAAAUAAUACAUCCUUGAUAAAUAUAAACAUUUUUAUUGCAAAAAAUCUUGUCAUAUAUUUUUUUCCAUAAUCAUCACUACGAUGAUGAUUCAUUGUAUUGAAUUGUACAUUACAAUUACAAUCUGGUCAUAACUGACCAAUGAGUAAUUUUAAUUUAACCUAAAUUACUACUGUUCCUUAAAAUGAAGAGCUUAUCCCAAGCGUCUCUUAUCUAAUCUAACAAGAUCGUGUACUAGUCUAACAUACACAGGCACACAAGCACUAUGCUCUGCUUUUCACUAUCACCUAUCACUUAAACUAGUUCAAAAGGUUUUGUCCUCUUCAAUCUUCUAGUUUGCCCAGUAGUAUCGAGGAGCUGGAUUUCCUCAAUAUUCUUGUAGGUACUUAUGAAGUUGUUGCUCGUGACUUCCAACUUUAAAAACAAAUCCAGCUGUAAAAUAUUUAUGUGCCUGAAGGCUUUUGUAUGCUUUCAUCUGCUGCUUAGAGAGUAGUAACUGUGAGACUCCACCAGAUAUUUUUUUUUUUUUUUUUGGCUUUAAGGUAAAACCCACACAGCCAGAUACAAAUUUUGUAAAAGAGAGGGCAAGGAUUUGACACAAGGAUUACACUCUUCUCGCCCAGGGGCCGAUCAGGGCAUUUUAUAAACGAUCAAAGGUAGGCCUCGGAUAGAUAAGGUAUAUAUACAUUAAGGAAAGACAUAAGGUAGCAGCAAAAGGUAUUAUUAAAUUUGUAUUUUUGUUAUUCUGACGAAAUAUAACAGACAAUCUUAAAUUUCUUUUCUGUUUAAAGCAAGAAGAUGCAUUAUGUUAUAUGGGCUUUCAAUGUUCAAUUUUAGAAGUUUUCUGAACAGCUCAUUGGAUUGAGCCCUAUAUUUUUGGCAAUCAAAAAAUAUGUGGUCCAGGUCACCGAUUUUAUUACAAAAUUCACAAAGAUCACUCUCAAGUAUUUUGAUUUUAUGUUAGUGUGCUGGAUAACACGCAUGACCAAACUUCAUUCUACUAAUAGUGGUUAUGCUUUUGCGAUUGUAAUCGAACUUAUUGUACCAAGGUUUUUUUCCUCGAAUUUGGUUUCUAUUCUGGUGUAACGUGUUGGAUUUGUAAAUGUGUAUUCUUGCCAUAAGUAGGACCAUUUUCUGAUCAUUUUAUGUUUUGAUAUGUUUAUUUGUUCAUCCGUAGUUAAUUGGCAAUUUAUCUGUUCCCCCAUUUCUAUGCUUUCUUUGGCAAUUUUGUCUGCAAUUUCAUUGUUUGUUAUUCCUACGUGUGCUUUAACCCAGAAGAAUUUUAUAAAUUUAUUUUGAUCUUGUAAUUUUUUAAUAAUUGUUUGAAUGUUAAAGAUAAUAUCAUUUGUUGUGUUUGAGUUGGAUUUUAGAAUUUUAAGAACUGAAAGUGAAUCGGAGAAGAUAAUGGCAUUCUGUUCCUCUUCCUGUUGUACAUAUUCUAGUGCUUUUAGAAUUGCUAUUGCCUCGGCUGUGUAGAUAGAUGUAUUUUUAUGUAGCUUAUAGUGAUUUUGUAUACUUUUAGGUAUUACGAAGGCACAACCUGUGCCGUCAGUGUUUUUUGAUCCAUCAGUGUAUAUUGUGACAUAGUUUGGAUGUUGGUCUAAAAUUUGAUUAAUAACUAUGUUAUUAGAUGAUGCUAAUUCAGAGUAAUGGGGUAUAUUCACAUCACAUACAACAAAGUGAACAAAGUAAUCGAUCUCUACCUUUGUUUGUGGUUGUAGGGUCACGUUUCUUAAUGCUUCACAAAUAGGAGGAGAGUUCUUAUGUAUCCAAAAAGGCUUAGUUAAGUCGUAUUCGUUUAACUUGUAUAUGCUACUAAUGAAUGGUGAAUUUUUCUUUAGUGAUUUAAUAAUCAUUUUUUCAGCUAAAAAUGAUCUUCUCAGUUCUAAUGGAGGUUCGAUUGCUUCAGCUCUUAAUGGUUCAACUGGUGUAGAUUUCAUUGCUCCCAGACAUAUUCUAAGUGCUUUGUUUUGUAUUAUGUCCAGCUUACGUAGAUUGGUUUUAUUGGCCGUUCCAUAAAGUGUACAACCAUAAUCAAUUAUUGAUCUUAUGUAAGCUCUAUAGAAAAUUAGUGCUGUUUGAGGUUCUGCUCCCCACCAAGUUCGCAUGAUGGAUUUUAGGAAGUUUAGUCCUUUGUUGCAUUUUAUCUCUAUUUGUUCAAUGUGUGGUUUCCAGGUCAGUUUUCUGUCUAAUAUAACUCCUAAGUAUUUGGCAUUGGUAUCCACUGGAAAUUCUAUUUUAUUUAUUUUAAUUUUCUGCAUUGGUUUCACAUUAUGCCUGAUGAAGAUAACGACUUUGGAUUUUUCAGCGGAGAUUUGUAGUCCUAAAUCAUUUAUGGAUCUUAAAAAGAGUUCUGUGCUGGAGUUUAAAUGAUUGAUGCAUUCAUCGAGGUGUUUGCUACGUGUAUAAACAACAAAAUCAUCGGCAUAUUGUAUCAUAGUUGCUGUAGAUAUGGAGGAGUGUAAAUUAGUGGUAUAUAUAUUGAAGAGUAGUGGUGCAAGAACAGAUCCUUGUGGCAACCCUAAAUUUGCAGUUUGGUAUUUCACUUGACAGCCAUCACAUCCUCUGAGUCCUACUUGCCUGUUUAUAUACAAUUUGCAUAUGGUGUUAGCAACUUCUUGAGGUAUUUGUAAUUGUAUCAUUUUUUCCCGUAGAAUGAACCAGUUGACAUUGUCAUAUGCACCUUUAACAUCUAGAAACAUCGUGCCAUUGUAAUCAUUUUCAGUUAAACAUAUUUGUAUGUCUGUAACUAAGUGUGUCACCGCAUCAAUGGUGCCAAACCCUUUUUUAAAACCGUAUUGUGUGGUUGGCAGAGAGCCAGUUGUAUUUAACCACCAUUCCAGUCGGUUUUUAAUUAUUCUUUCAAAAAUCUUGAGUAUACAUGGCAUAAGUGCAAUAGGUCUAUAUGAAUCGCAUAAGUGGGGGUUUUUGUUUGGUUUGUGUAUGGGUAUUACAAUAGUCUUUUUCCAUUCUUCUAUACAUUCCCCAUUAAUCCAGAUGUCAUUUAGGAUUUUGAUUAGAAACAUCUUGGCAUUGUUUGGUAGUUGGUAUAUCAUAGGAUAUCUAAUAUCAUCAUAACCAGGUGAUGUAUUCUUUCUAUUUUUUAUGUUAUAGUUUAAUUCUGGCAGACUGAUAGGUUCACAGAAUAUUUUAUGAUUGGUAUUAUUUUGUUCUUGUUUUGUGAAAAUGUGUGAUGUAUCAUUCAAGGCAUUAGCUGGCGAAAUUUUAUCUAGAAAUUGUUCUUGCCAUUCAUAAUUCCCCGAUGUAUUAACUUCCCCAGAUCUAUUCAUUUUUCUGGCCUGUGUCCAUAUAGUUGUCAAUGGUGUAUUUUUAUUUAAGUUUUCACACCAGUGCUGCCAAUAUAAUUUGGCUUUAUAUUUUAAAAACUUCUUGGUUUUUGAAUUUUCGUUUUUACAUUUCAUAUAGUUUUCCAUGGUGCUUUGUUGCUUAUAUGUUUUGAGCAUUUGUUUUCUUUUUUUAAUAGCAUCUUCGCAGCUUUGAUGCCACCAUGGUGGAAGAGAGGUUUUUUUGCUCAUUUUAAAAGGUUGGUAGAUGGGUAUGGAGGCAUUGGCUGCCUUAUUUAUCCCUUCAACUAAUAAGUUGUACUUAUGUUCUACGCUGUUGUUAUUUUUAAUGUGUUGUGAGAAGUAUGUAUCCGCAAUUUCUUGAUAUAAGCUCCAAUCUGCUUUAUUUAGGUUCCAUUUUGUUUUAGGUUGUAUUAUGAUGUCUCUACUUUCCAUUCCUUUAUUAAUUUCUAUAAUAAUUGGAAAAUGGUCUGAGCCCAGUACAUCAGGAAAGGUUUCCCAUGCACAAUUAAUUGCUAUGUCUGGAGUUGCAAAAGUUAAAUCCACGACUGAAUUAUUCCCAUUAUUUGUGAACCUUGUGGGGUCUCCGGUAUUUAAAAGUACUAAUUCUGUGUUGUCUGAAGCGGUUAUUAUUUGCGUGCCUUUGCUGUUAUUUUUGUAAGAUCCCCAUGUUUGAUGAUGCGCAUUGAAAUCUCCUCCAAAAAUGCUAUUAGACUUGGUACAGUUAAGAAUUGCCUCCCAGUCUGCAACUGUUGUUCGUAUAUCUGGUGGGCAAUAUAUCGAGAAACAUGUUAGUGUUAUUUCACUGUUGUCCAAUAUCUGUAUUCCACACAUCAAAAUAUUUUUGUUAAAAUUUUUUGUAAUUGUAAUUUCUUCAAAACGAAAUACAUUUCUGACAAGGAUUGCGACACCAGCAUAACCAUCAUGGCGAUCUUUACGUAUAAUUUUAUAGCCUUUGAAAUUAUAUUGUUUAUUUGGCUUAAACCAUGUCUCUGAAAUUAAGGCAAUAUCGAUGAUAUUUUCAUUUAAACAUUUAACUAAACUCAAUUUAUUAGCUACAGCCGAUUGCGCAUUCCAUUGUAAAAUCUUUAUCUUAUUUUUUAUUUUAUUAGCCAUUAUUUAAGUUUGUUAUAUUUAAUAAUUUUAUCAUAUAUGUAAGCUCUAUCUAAUCUUUCUAAAUCGUUAAAAGAAUCAAACUCUUUGAGUACACUUUUUAAAAAAUUGAAAAACAUAUUAAUAAAUUCAUCUGUGUUAGGAUCAGAAUCGGAACUGUGUAAAACAUUUGGUGGCAGAGGGUUUUUUGGUCCAAACUGAAAAGGGAACAUUUCUUCAGCUAAAGGAGAUUGGGCUUUCCUCUUUUUAUAUUGAGAAGAAGUUUCAGGUUGACUUGGUAUUACUUUUUGUGUUUGUUGUUGGAUACUGAAUGUGGAUGGUUUGGAAAUAUUAUGUCUGACAUUGUUUUGCCUUGGAAGGGGUGGAAAACUUUCAUUAUUUAUCGUACCUAAUGCUUCAAACCUAUUCGUUGUAGUAACAGCAGAUGUAUAUGAUCUUUUAAGACUGUCCUUUGCUUCCAAAAAAGUUAAAUUGUUUUCUGCCAUGUGUCUUUUAAUUUCGUAUUGUUCUUUAAAUUUUGGACACUGUUUGGAUAUGGAUUUGUGCUCAAAGUUUUUACAGUGUAUACAAUAACUGUCUUGCGGGUCUCUACAGUUAUGAUCAUCGUUUUUCUCUUGUGAGCAGUUAAUACAUCUCGUUUUUGUACUGUUGCAAUUACGAAAAAUGUGUCCGUGAUGCAAGCACCGGUAACAUUGAACAACUCUAUGCACAUACGGUUCUACGGAACAGGCCACGCUGUUUAUAUAUACAUUUCUAGGUAAAAUAUUGCCUUCAAAAGUAAGUAAUACCAUUUGUCUAGGUAUAUAUGCUUUUUCUCCGUUUAUAUCAACUUUCCUUUUGAGUCGAGUAAUUUGUGUUACUGAUAUAUUGGAUAUUAUAUUUUCGAAAAGAUAUUCCUCACUGAAAGCAGUAUCUACGUUUCUUAUAAUUGAUUUUCUUUGUAGCAGGUUAUUUGGAAUGUAUGCUUUUAGUUGUUCCUCUUUUAAAUUCUCAUUCUUAACUAGAUAAUUUGCAUCUUUGGGGCUUUUAAGUUGUACUCUUACCCUAUUUUUUCCUACUCGGUCGAUGCUAAGAAUGUUUUUAAUUCCUAUUUUUUUUAUGAAAAAGGUGACCUACCUGCAUAGGGUGAAUUUUUCCAAUCUGCUCCUCAUUUAUUUUGUCAAUGAAUACAUAUACCUUAUCUGUAUAGAGAUAUCCUUUUUGUAGAUUGAACAGCUUGAUUUCUUUUUCUGGAUCUUUGGUCUUUUCGCGUUCUUCCUCCUGGUCCAUGUUUUGGGUUCCCCCUUUAUCAGGGGGAGAGUUUUCAUCCAUUAUUGUAAACUCCCACCAAAAAAACACAAAACAAAAACAAUAAACACUUCACAACACUGGGUUUUUUAUUAAUUUAGCCCGGUAUGAAAUUAGUUUAUUAUUAAUUGUCACAAAAAACUUGUCUUAAUCACUACUUAAGCACCUGUAAUUAUACGUGUACUCGAUAUGAAUGAUCGUACGAGGUCCACCAGAUAUGUAUAAAUAUCUAUAAUAGUAAUUUGGUGGAAUGCGCUUUACUGUAAAAUCCAAUUCUGACUGAAUUGUAUAUGGAUCUGAAUCCCCAAUUAUUUUCAGCUUCAAUAAAUAUCUAAAACACUAAAAGAAAUAAUGUUAUUGCUUGCAAAAUUCAUCAAUAUUGAUAAAUAUCAGGGAAAAAUGAACAGUGAAUAAAAAUUGUUUCCCCUACCUUUCUCCAACAUCUGGAGUUUCCAAUAAUAAUUUCCUUAAAUAAUCACUUUGCAUUGUGGUAAAGUUUAUAAAGUUCACAAAAUACAGCAAACGAAAUCCAAAUGAAUCCAAAAUAGACAAAAUACAACGAUAAACAAUGAAAAAUAGAUAUUACAAACAUAACCUCUGUAACUUUUUGUAUGCCAAUGCCAACCAGAAAUCACGUGGUUUGGAUUGCCUAAUACAUAGAUACACGCCCGGCAAAUUUGAGAAUGAACGCAAAUUGAAUAGUAAAUGGCCUCUCUUAAAAUAUUGGACAUUGGUAGUAUGUUCAUAGAAUGCCUUGUGGUAACAUUCCACCAAUAAUUUAAUCAGACGUUCACCGAAUGUUCCUUGAAUGUCCAGAACAUUCAAACAUUAAUAGAACUUUGAUAGUACAUUCCUGGAAUGUUUUGUGUUGUUAGGGUGUCAUCUAGCUAUUGUUUUUGUGUUUUCUCUACUACGACUGUGUUCGCAUGGUCUCCAAUGUACAAUGUUUCUCGUCCACCUGUCGUUGUUUUGCCGUACCACGUGCCUGACCCAGUUCCAUUUCAUUUGCGCAAUUCUUCCAAUUACAUCCUCCACCUUAGUCCUGCUUCGCACAUCCUCUUUCGUAUAUGUUUUCUUAGAGAUACUCCCAACAUAGCUCAUUCGGUGAACCUCUGUGUUAUUCUUAAUCUAUCAUUCUAAUAAAUGGUUCUCAGUAAAUUGAAGAUCCCAAAACCAUAUCAUGUACUUUUGCUAUGGUUGCUGAAACACUUUUUAUAAAUAUGUUCUUCACAUGGAUCAACUUCAAAAUUUCAAAAAUCUUAUUAUAAAAUAUGUUGUCAGGGGGAUGAAACGUCCCUCUUUUAGGGGUUAGAUAUCAGGAAUACAUUAAAUACUCAUACUAUGUUUAUUUAAUCACUAUAUACGCUAGUAACGAGUUGGUGGACGAAGUCUAUAUUCUAACUACAUUGAUGUCUAAAUAAUGAAUGAUGAAUAAUGAAUGAUUUCUGCUUUACUUUCUCCCUAUCUAUAAAUAAAUCGUAAUUGUUAUGAUUUCAUAGCUGAAUGUGACCAUAAAAUACUAAUAGUACAUAAUUGCUGACUCCGUUGUUUUUCAAAAUGAGUGGUCUAUAUUGCAGAAGCAAUGUCACCUAAUUUACGAAAUUAAAACAAUGCAUGUAAAUAAUAUUUGUUUGAGACUUUUAAAAAUUAAAUCGAUAUGGAUAACUCUUAUUUUUUGAAUGCUAAUAUAAAUCCUGUACAAUCUGAUUAGAAUUUAAAUUGUGUUCAUCAAACAAUACUACCACAUUUAAAAAAAUACAACAAUGACUCAGCUAGCACUCCCUAAACAGAGAAUGACAACAGAUAUGGCCUCAUUAUGUUCAUCAAACAGUGUAUUUAUGUAUAGCGUUAACAGGCCUUUUAGGCCAAUUGCUGGAUGGAUAAUUUUCAUUGUUUGCUGUUCUUAGCUGUCAGCUUCCAAUCUCUUAUUCCCAACUCACUGACAUCUUCCAGUGCUGCAUCUCUCCAUUUCCUUCUUGGUGUUCCUCUCUUUUUUUUUGCCUCAUGUGCUCUCCAACCAAUAUUCUUGACUUGUCUGCCCUCCUGUAUUCUUUCUAGAUGACCAAGCCAUUUUAGUCUGCGUUUUGUCACUAUUUUUCUUUCAUAGCUCUACCCUAGCGUAUCUAUUACUCUUGGUCAAUCUUCUGGAUUUAUGCUUCUUUCCUACAUACUACUACUACCACUACAUACUAAGACAGCAGUUUUUAUAUUUUAUUCUUUUAUCUGCUUUUUUUAAGUGAGAUAUUGUGAGUUUCAAUCCUAUAGUAUAGAGUAUAGAGGACCAUUUAUGUUUAUAAUAGGGAUAGGGAUCUGUGAUCCACACCAAUAACACAUUAAUAUAGAUUAUUUCAUCGUUUCACAGUUGCAGCUUUCUGAGACGCAAAACUUAAGUCAAAAUACUGCUCACACUGCCUGCAAAGUCCUUAGACCUUCUAAUAAAUGCUUCUCAAUAAAAUGAAGAUCUUCCAAAACCGUAUCCUGUAUUUUUGCUAUGAUUGCUGCUGAUGAAGCCCUAGUUGUGUGUUCUUCACAGGAUCGACUUCAACAACCUGAUCAGAACUGAAAUGUGUUCAUCAAACAAUACAACCGAAUUUAAAAAAUAAAACUGACUUAACUCCCUAAACAGUGAAUGAUGACGGAUAUAGCCUCAUCGUGUUCAUCAAAUAGUAAUACCACAUUACAAAAUGAAAUGACUCAUCUAAUAGCGCCAUCUUUGAUCUAAGACCAAAAAUUGUUAAACUAUUCAUGUACAUUGAAGAUUAUUGUGUAAAACAAGAGUGGCACUGAAAUGACUAAAACACAAAACAGAAAUUCUCAUGUGAAUAAAAGAAAAAUUUGGGACUAUUAGUGCAUGUCUUAAAUCCUGAAUCAAUUUUAUUUUUUAUACAAAUUAAGACAUGAAGCUAUUAUUUUGCGAUUGCAUAUUUUUAUUAAUUAUAUGACAGGAAUAAACCAACACAUAUUAAUUUCUGUUUUGAAAAAAAUAUGGAGAUACAAUUUUUUAAGAAAAUAGUUUCAUAAUGGUGGUUUAUUCCUAGACAUUUUUUAAUACUUGAGGAAUUCUUUUUCUCAUAGACAUCUUUCAGUGCGUCACAGUUUUUCGAUUUCUUUCUAACGCAUUAAAUUGUAUGUGACAGAAAUAAAGGCACGUCUGUGAUUACAGACAUUUAUAACAUUUAUUCUAGUUGUCUAUAGAUGGCGCUAUAAUCGAAAAAAAAAUUAUUUACAAAUUAUACAGGGUGUAACAAAAAUACAGGUCAUAAAUUAAAUCACAUAUUCUGGGACCAAAAAUAGUUCGAUUGAACCUAACUUACCUUAGUACAAAUAUGCACACAAAAAAAGUUAUAGCCCUUUGAAGUUACAAAAUGAAAAUCGAUUUUUUCCGAUAUAUCGAAAACUAUUAGAGAGUUUUUAAUCAAAAUGGACAUGUGGCAUUCUUAUGCCAGGAACAUCUUAAAACAGAAUUAUAGCGUAAUUUGUCCACCCCAUAACAAUUUUAUGGGUGGUUUGUUCCCUUAAACCCCCCAAACUUUUGUGUACGUUCCAAUUAAUUCUUUAUUAUGGUCUCAUUAGUUAAACACAAUGUUUUUAAAACUUUUUUGCCUUUUAGUAUUUUUUCGACAAACCAGUUUUAAUCGAGAUGCGGCUUCUUUUUUAAUAUGUUUACAUAAAAUUUUUAUGAGGGUUUUGUGCCUUUAAAGACCCCAAAUGUUUGUGUACGUUCCAAUUAAACUAUUUUUGCGGUAUCAUUAGUUAAACAUAGUGUUUUUAAACCUUGUUUGUCUCUUAGUAUUUUUCCGAUAAGGCACCAUUUAUCGAGAGGUGGCUUCUUUUUUAAUAUGGUCCAAAUAUACCUCAAACUGUAAUUUAUAAAUAAAUUACGAGGGUGUCUAUAAUCGCACUUAACCAUAUACAAAUAUGUGGUGGAUUUGACAAAAUUAUUCAAAAUAUCUCGAUAAAAACUAGCUUUUCGAAAAAAUACUAAGAGGUAAAAAAGUUUUAGAAACAUUUAGUUUAGCUAAUGGUACCACGAUAAUAAUUUAAUUGGAACGUACACAAAAGUUUGGGGGGGUUUAAGGAAACAAAACCCCCAUAAAAUUUUUAUGGGGUGCACAAAUUUCACUGUAAUUUUUGUUUAAGAUCCUCCUGCCAUAAGAAUGCCACAUGUCCGUUUUCAAUAAGAAACCUCAAAUAGUUUUCGAUAUAUUGGAAAAAAUCGAUUUUCAUUUUGUAACUUCAAAGGGCUGUAACUUUUUUAUGUGUACAUUUGUACUAAGGUAAAUUAGGUUCAAUCGAACUAUAUUUGGUCCCAGAAUACGUAUUUUAAUUUAUGACCUGUAUUUUUGUUACACCCUGUAUAAUAUAUCUACGAAUAUAAUCUGUACAAUUUAUAAGACUAUACAAAUCAAAGAAAAUACCAUUUUAUAAAUGCAAUAAACGCAAUUGAUUUGUUUUUAUGCCAAAUUGCAAAUAAAAUGUGACAACUGUCAGAUUUAACUAAAAUGUCAUGUUAGAAUAAAUGUUAUAAAUGUAUAUUAUCCAGAGAUAUGUCAAGAAUAGAUCUGGCUAGGGAUAUGAUGCUAAACAAUGCAUCGGGGUGUAACGUCGAUAUCAAUUACGGUGGUCUAGCUAUCUUUGUCUGUCGUGCGAGUGUGAGCGUAUCUACCAAGAGGUGGGAGUAAUGGAACGACAGUUACACAGAGGCGGCAGCCAUCAUAUGCUAGAGAGAGAAAGCUAAGCGCCAGUAGAGAGAGAUAGAUAGACCACCGACCCGAACUGCUCCGCGUUACGCUAUUUUUCGGAGUUGGCCAAAUCUAUGUGUAUAAGAUCUUUGAUAUUAUUACGGACUUACCUUUUUUUCUAUCAUUUGUGACGCACUGAAAAAUGCUCAUGAAAAGAAGCAUAGGUACUAAAAUUAUUUUAAAAGAAACCUACGAGUUUUACUUUUGAAAAACUUAGUUGCACUGUAUUUAAAAUAUAAUUGGCAUAUUAUUUUCUAUUUUUAGUUUUUAAAAGAAAAAUUGAAAGUAUAUUUAAGUAUUUCUGUAAAUAUAUCUUUAUUGAACUUAUUUAUUUUACAAAAAUGUAAUUUUUUUAAUAAAACAAAUUUUAUAAGUU